ACUCCCCGUGGCUGUGGGCCUCCGAGAGCGGACAUGCCGGGAACUGGCUCUUUCUGCUGGGAGUGCGUGGCAGGCCUCUGGGAUGUCCUUCUCUUACCCGCUGCCUCCUUGUCCUCUGUCCACAGUGCUGCACUCGAGAUGGAGUUACUGCCCCUCUGGCUCUGCCUGGGUUUUCACUUCUUGACAGUGGAAUGGAGGAACAGCAGCGGAUCGGUCACGGCCGCUUCCCAAGGGGGCUGUGCCUGGCUGGACGGAGUCGCUGACUGUCGCGGGCGGAACCUCGCUUCGGUGCCCGGCGGGCUGCCGCGCUCCUCGCGGACGCUCGUCCUGGACGGCAACCCGCUCGGGGGCCUGUGGAACGACUCGCUGCAGCCGUACCCGCUGCUGGAGGGGCUCAGCCUGCGCGGCUGCCGCCUGGAGCGCGUGGACCGCGGCGCCCUCCAGCAGCAGGCCCGCCUGCGCAGCCUGGCGCUGCCCGACAACCGGCUCUGCCGCGCCUACGAGGGCGCGGCGGCCGCGCUGCGCGGCCCGCGGGGGCUGCGCCGGCUGGACCUGGCGGGGAACGCGCUGACGGAGACCAUGGUGGCCCUGCUGCUGCGCAACCUCUCCUCGCUGGAGGCCGUGUCGCUGGCCAGGAACAGCAUCAUGAGGCUCGACGACGCCGUCUUCGAGGGCCUGGGCCGCCUCAGGGAGCUGGACCUGCAGAGGAACUACAUCUUCGAGAUCGAGGGCGGCGCCCUGGACGGCCUGGCCGAGCUGAGGCACCUCAACCUGGCCUACAACAACCUGCCCUGCGUGGUGGACUUCGGCCUCACGCGGCUGCGGUCCCUCAACCUCAGCCACAACGCGCUGGAGUGGUUCCUGGCGUCGGGGGCCGAGGCCGCCUUCGAGCUGGAGGUGCUGGACCUCUCGCACAACCAGCUGCUGUUCUUCCCCCUGCUGCCCCCGCGCAGCAAGCUGCACACGCUGCUGCUGCGGGACAACAACGUGGGCUUCUACGGGGACCUGUACAACAGCUCGGCGCCCGAGGAGAUGGUGGCCCAGUUCCUGCUCGUGGACGGCAACGUGACCAGCGUCACCACCGUCAGCCUCUGGGAGGAGUUCUCGGCCGGCGACCUGUCCGGCCUGCACCUGCUGGACCUGAGCCAGAACCAGCUGCGGUACCUGCCGGACGGCUUCCUGGAGAAGAUGCCCUCGCUCUCGCGCCUGAACCUCAGCCGCAACUGCCUGGCGGCGCUGCGCAUCCGCGAGCGGGAGCCGCCGGGCGCGCUGGCCGAGCUGGACCUGAGCCGGAACCGGCUGUCGGAGCUGCGCUGCGGCCCCGGGCCGGGCUGCCUGCGGGGCCUCCGCUCCCUCAACCUGAGCUCCAACCAGCUCCUGGGGGUCCCCGCCGGCCUCUUCGCCAACGCCAGGCAGCUGGCCACGGUGGACAUGAGCCGCAACCCCAUCGCGCUGUGCCCGCGGCCGGGCGGCGCCCCGGGCUGCGUGGACUUCCGGAACGCGGCGUCGCUGCGGAGCCUGGCGCUGGAGGGCUGCGGGCUGGGGCCGCUGCGGGGCCGCGCCUUCCAGGGCACCGCGCUCACGCGCCUGGACCUGUCCGGCAACCGCGGGGUGCUGAACGGCAGCACCGCGCCGCUCGGGGCCACGGCGCCCACGCUGCAGGUGCUGGCGCUCCGGGACGCGGGCCUGCGCGCCUCCCACAAGGAGCUGGACUUCUCGCGCUUCCGCAGCCUGAGGGACCUGGACCUGUCGGGCAACGCGCUGAGCAGCUUCCCGAGCUUCGGGGCCAGCCCGGCCCUGCGGAGCCUGGACCUCCGCCGCAACGCGCUCACGGCGCUCCCGCAGAGGGCGCUGGCCGAGCGGCUGCCGGCCAGCCUGCGCACCGUCUACCUCAGCCAGAACCCCUACGACUGCUGCGCGGUGCACGACUGGGCCGCGCUGCGGCGGCUGCACGCCGUCGCCGACCUGGCCCUGGUCACCUGCAACCUCUCCUCCAGGGUCAUCCGUCUGACGGAGCUGCCCGGAGGCGUCCCUCAGGUGUGCAAGUGGGAGCGCGUAGACAUGGGGCUGCUGUACCUCGUGCUCAUCCUCCCCAGCUGCCUCACGCUGCUGGUGGCCUGCACCGUCCUCUUCCUCACUUUCCGCAAGCCUCUGCUGCAGGUGAUCAAGAGCCGCUGCCACUGGCCCUCGGUGUACUGACCCGGCCACGGGCCGCCUGCGACGUGUGGCCUGUGCACCUAGGCUCGCUUUCUCUGCCGGCUCUCAAGAUCUGACGCAGAGGACA